CUCUCGGGUUUGCACAGCAGUAGUUUGUGCUUUUGUCCCACAUUGCAUUUGGCAGUUCUUCUCGUCGCCACCGCUCGAACCGUCGCUGCGCAAAAGGCGCUGCGCACCGGACCGGUGCUCGGAAAUGUAGCUGCUGCGCGCACGGCGCUCUCCAAAAAUGGACUUAAAAUCCGAGCUCCUCAAGUCGGUCUGGUACGCUUUCACGUCGCUGGACGUCGAGAGGUGCGGAAAGGUCUCCAAAUCACAGUUAAAGGUGCUUUCUCACAACCUGUACACUGUGCUGAACAUCCCACAUGACCCCGUUGCCCUGGAGCAACACUUCCAGGACGACGACGAUGGGCCGGUGUCCAAUCACGGCUACAUGCCCUACCUCAACAAAUACAUCCUGGAUAAGGUGAAAGAGGGGAUGUUUGACAAAGAGAAGUUUGACGAUCUGUGCUGGAUGAUGACCAAGAAGAAGAACUUCAAGGGCGUGCCGCAGGGAUCGCUGCUGUCGGAGAGAGCCUGCUUCAAGCUCUUCUGCUUGUUCAACCUCUUGUCUGAGGACCGCUACCCACUGGUGAUGAUCGCAGAGGAGGUGGAGUAUCUCCUCAAGAAGAUCUCCACGGCGAUGAACCAAGAGUGGGACGGGAAGCCCUUGGAAGACCUAAUCUCCCAGGAGGCCGCAGUGCAGGAAGAGGGCAUGUCUGUGUGGUCCUUCCUGGAGCACAUGACCUCUGGGCAGCUGCUGAGGGUCAUCAGCGCCGAGGCCUUCAGCCUGGCUCUGGACGAGGUGUUUCUGGAGAUGUAUCACAACGUCCUCAACAGGGGUUACAUGUGGAAGAAGGGGCAUGUGCGCAGGAACUGGACGGAGCGCUGGUUCGUGCUGAAGCCCUCCUCCAUGGCUUACUACGUCAGCGAGGACUUAAAGGACAAGAGAGGGGAAAUCCAGUUGGAUAAGAACUGUGUCAUAGAGACCAUUCCAGACCGGGAGGGCAAGCGCUGUUUGUUCUGUGUGAAAACUCACAGCAAAACCUACGAGAUGAGCGCGUCUGACCAGCGGCAGAAGGUGGAGUGGACUCAAGCUAUUCAAACAGCGCUCCGUCUUCAGAGUGAGGGGAAGUCCUCCCACCACCACGAGCUCAAGCUGAGGAGACGGAUCCAGCGGGAGCAGAGUGUCCGAGAGCGCAGCCGCAGCGCCCGCAGCAGCAACAGCAGCCGCAGCAGCCAAUCAGACGACUGCAGCGUCCAAGAGAUGGACAAGCUGGAGAAGGAAAAACAGGAUUUAGAGAUUGAAAACAUCAUUCAGCACGCACGGGAAAUGGAAAGUCGGCGAAGAGAGGCGGAGGAGAGAGAGAGGAGGAAACAGAGGGAGGUGCAGAUGGAGCUGGAGAGACAGCUAAGAGAGGCCGAGAUGCUGAGAGACAGCAUGCAGGCCGAGAUGGACGAGAAGGAAAGGAGAGCUGAGCUGCAGAAGAAGAAGAUCCAUGAGUUGGAGCUGACUCAGGAGAAACUAGAAGUUGCUUUGAACAUAGAGAUCCAGGCUCGGAUGGAGGAGGAGCGGGCCAGACAGGAGCUGGAGGGGUUGUUGGAAGCUGAAGAGGAGAAGAAGAGGCAGUUUAUGCUCCUGCAGGAGCAGCAGAGGGUCUUGCAGAGACUGAGUCCUGCACACGAAGCCUCAGACUGCAAGGUGGACAAGGACGCCCCCUCGGCCCUCUACUCGGCUUCCCAGGAGCUCCAGAAUUUGCAGGUGUCGCGCCAGCGGAGCCACCGGCACCUCGAGGAGAUGCAGGAGAGGCUGAGGAGUGCCAGCCAGCACGUACGGCACUGGAACGUCCAGCUGAACCGCCUCAUGACGCCCAUCAGUCCUGCAGAGCGUUUGGAAAGUCGCCUUAUGUCAACACACGUGUGUCCCAAAAAGGAAGGAGCGCUGGCCAGCAAUGAAUUCAUUUCAAAGUUUAAGAUAAGAGGCAACCAGCACAGUCGGAUACGAGGAGACGAACACGACGCGCUGGACGAGCUGAUGGGGUCCGCUCACCUGUCGGAUGAAUCGGAUGAAUCACAGCGGAAACCCAAUGGACGUUUUUAAUCACCGUGGUGACUUGGUGAUAUUUGAGAGUGAUAAGAAAGAGAAGAGUGGGGUAUAAGAUAUUUACAAGAUAGAAAGCAAAGUCCAUCCAUCCAUUUCCUAUACGUGCUUCAUCCUGUUCAGGGUAAGAAAGAGGAUAACUGGAGCCUCUCUGUGCUAAACCCUGGACAGGUCACCACCCCAUCACAGGACCACGGAGACGCUCAUGAUCAAUUUAAAAUCACCAGAUAGCCUAAUUUGUACGGAGACCGCUGGAACAGCUGGAACAGCUGGAGACGGCACACCAGUGUUCAGGGGGCCGUGCAGACUCCACACAGUAAGACUCCAACUGAGAUUGAAACCAAAACCUUAUACCAGUGAGGCCACAGCGCCCACCAACACCACGCAGUGCCCCUAAAAAAAGCUUUGCAUCAUAUUUAUAACUCAUCUAAGACUCACUGAGAUUCACAGUCUUGUACAAUAAAGUUUACUGCUGGAUAAUAAAA